GAGAAAUCCUUAAAAUAUGAAAGAUUCAAGUGAAAUUUCUAAAGCUGAGUCGAACGUAAGAAUCGGUAUUGCAAAAUUUACUUUUGAAAAUGGGGACAACUACGAAGGAAAAUAUCAAGUGGAUUUUGACAAAUGUACCUUAGUUAAACAAGAUCAAGGAGUAUAUGUAACCGAUAACUUUGAUGUAUAUAAUGGUACAUGGCACGACGAUAAGUUUGCCGGUAAAUUUCACAUUCGAUACAACAAUAAUGCGCAAUAUAAGGGUAACAUUGAUAGAAACGGAGCGAUGAAUGGUAUAGGAACAUAUAUAUUUCCCGAUGAUUCCUCCUUGAUGGCUUUAUGGUCGCAAAAUAAACCUAUUUCAGAUGUCAUUUAUCAAAAACCACUUGGAUAUAAAUGGAAAACUGAAUCAGUUUCAAAUAAUGUUUGUAUAUCAACUUGUAAUAUAAAAUUACAAAUUGAUUAGUUAGAUGAGAUUAUAUUUUGUUAUAUAAAUUUAUAAUUUUGUUAAAAUUACAUUCCUAUUAUCUGUAACAUAGCAAAUUUUAUUUACAACUGGAAAUCAUUUUUGGAAUGAAAUAUGUCAAAGAUCUUUCAAAGAAGAAAGUUCGCGUCAUCUUCCUAAUAUUAAUAAAGUAUAAA